GCUAUUACAGAAUGACCUUACAUUGAGCCUUUGUGGAAGAACCAAGAUUUAAACAUCAGUUCUUCAAUGUGCAUCCUUCUAUUCAAGUUUGACCCCCGCCCAGUUUCAAAAAAUGCGUACAGGCUCAUUCUAGCAGCUAACAGAGAUGAAUUUUACCACAGACCAUCCAAAUCGGCCGAGUUUUGGGACAGUAGCAAUGAGAUCCUCAGUGGUCUGGAUAUGGAGGAAGGAAAAGAAGGUGGGACAUGGCUGGGAAUCAGUAAGAAAGGCAAGAUGGCAGCCCUGACAAACUAUAUGCAGCCAAAGGUUGAUAAAAAUGCCAAAGGAAGAGGUGCUCUUGUAACAAACUUCCUGACUGCAGAUCUGGACAGCUACUCUUACUUGAAGAAAGUUUCAGCAGAGGGACAUCUUUACAAUGGAUUCAAUUUGUUAGCAGCUGACUUGAAUACCACCAAAGGAGACGUAAUUUGCUACUAUGGAAACAAAGGAGAACCAGAACCUGUUUUCCUAAAUGCUGGAAUAUAUGGAUUGAGUAAUUCUUUGUUGGAUACACCAUGGAAGAAGCUUCAGUAUGGGAAGCAGCUUUUCACAGAAGUGGUGAAGAGAAGUCAAGACCUUACCAAAGAAGACCUGGUGAAGGAGCUUCUUACAGUGAUGAAUAAUCAAGAGCCUCAGUUGCCAGACCCUGCAAUUGAGGACCAGGGGAAGGAUUAUAUCCGUCCUAUCCUGAACCAGUAUGCAGCUGUGUGUGUUCGCUGCCCAGGCUAUGGAACAAGGACGAACACCGUGGUGCUCAUCGACGCCCAGGGCCGGGUGACGUUCACCGAGCGCAACAUGAUCGACGCCGCCAGGGACCAGUGGCAGACGAGCACCUACGAGUUCCAGCUGCACUGCUGACAGGACCCACUGAAUGGUCUGUAAGAACAGCAGGGAGAGAGCGAGCCAUUAAGCUCUAGUAAAUGUUUUGUGCCAGCCUCCACGAGCUAAAACUAGCAAGGCCAGCAAAAGUUUAAAUAAAUUAGUAGCACACCCGGAUCGGGCUCACAGAGUCUUUGGAUAAAACCAGAUGAAAAAACUGGGUUUAUGUUAAGUAGCAAGCUACAAUCAGAAAUAUUGUUUUUUAAUAUCACCCUGCCUUCAGGACAAGGCCAUCUUUGUCCAGGACAAAGUCAUUGCUUUUUGUGAGGGUGUGGGGUAUUUUAAGGAUGCUUUAAAUAGACUUGAACUUGUUUUUUCAGUUCUGAUGGGGGGAAACAUUUGCUGCUUUUAUUGUUAAUACAUGAAGGUUUUACCAAACUUUGCUUUUCCUUCAACAUAAGCUGUUAAGAUUGUCCAGCUGAUGCCAGUGUGCAUUAAAUGAAUGUAUGUUCUCCUGGUAGCAUUAAGUGCUUUAGUCCCAUGUCAGCCUCUCAGCAGUGCCAUGGUGCACUGUUCUGCCUGGGGAGGGCAGAGCAGGGGGAUUCUUUACAUUUGUUUUCCUCUAGAUAGUACAGCAAUAUAUCUUAUUUCUAAAACUUGGUCUAGGGGUAGGUAGGAGAUUUUGCUCAGUCCCUGUUCACUUUUACUGAAAGAAUCAUGGGAGCAGACUUGCCUACCUUUGACAGGAAUAAAAUUAUUGGUGUUGUGACAUCUUGUUUCCUGAUAGUCUAACUAGCAAUAUUGAUUUUGAUAUUUUCUUCCCCAGCAGGCAGGUAAGGAAUAGGUACCUGUUUGCAAACAGAAGCUGAAUAUGAGGUUUACAUAUAUCAGCUGUUUUGUACAUAUGUAAUUUUGGCUUCAAUAUUGGUAUAAUAUGUUAAAGCCUGGAGUGACUGAUCAUAGAUUUUUUAGUAAAAAUAGCUGUUUGUUGUAAGGUGACAUUAUUGCACUCUUAUAUUGCUGAAAAAGUUGGGUAUUAAGAUGUACUUCCUAUGUUCUAACACCUGUGAAUUAAAAAGCUAUUUAAAUGCA